CUUCGGGAACGAAAGAUCGGACAGGGCGGGCGAGCGAAGACUGCGCUCAGCGAGUCGAUUUGUACAGGUUUUCGAAAGAGAACAUUACCGCCAAGAGAUGAAAGCUAGGGCAUGGUAGAGGGCGACGAAUAAAGAGCAGGGAAGAGGGGUGCUCACAUUUCGCCGGAAUUUCUUAAGCAUCGCCAUGGAUCGGAUCACGGCGGGCAACGAGCUUGCUUUUAGGAUAGGGUUCUCUGGUCACAGCGGUCACCUGAGGAUGGAGCCGCUUCCGCCUGUUGAAGGCUCACAUCCGUUAAAAUCCCUCCCCGAUUUCAUCCUUCCACCUGCAUUCCUUCCGGAAACACAAGAAACCGUAAGGAAACAUCUAGAGGAUACUUAUGUGUGCCCAACAUUGGAUUCCGAGGAGUUUUCUGCUGAGAAAGCUGGUAGAAUGUGGGAAUUUGAUUGGUUUGAUAGGGCAAAAGUUCCCCUGGAACCAUCAUUCCCUCGUUCUAUUGUUGCUCCAGCUUGGGAGCUGCCAUUUAGGCGCUCGAAGAAAGAGGAACACCCAGAACCAUGUGAUAUAAAAUCAAUUGAGAUUGAUUUAGUAGAUAUAAUGGAAGGAGCACAAGAUUCAAGUAUUUUGCCACGCAUGCCAGGACCAGCAAAGGAUUUUGUGAGAGGGAGCAUUAAUAAUAGACCAUUCCACCCGGGAGGCCUGGAUAAUCCACAAUUAGAGCGGACAUUUCCAGAAGGAGCUCAAAAUGGUGAAUGGGUUCAUGAAAUCUUCAAAGGCGGCACUGCACAGUCCGUGCCUCCAAGUUUCAGAAAGGGUUUGGACUUAGGCUAUCUGAAGGGAUUUCCUUGCCAAUGGAAGCAAGCCAAAGAGCAGAUCUCUUCGCGAGACAAUUCGAUUGAGGAAAAUCCUGAUAAACUGUCUGUUCAAUUUGAUGAUUUAUUCAAUAAAGCCUGGGAGAAAGAUGCUUAUGAACUAGGAGAAGACAAUGGUUUGAUGGAGUCAGAAGUUGAAGUAGAGGCGGAUAUGGCUACUGUUUCUAGAGAUAAUCCAGAUCUUUCUGCAUUAGAUGAAAUAUUAUCUACUGAACCUGUGAAAGGGACGACAAAAUUAAGUGGAAUAGUUGAGGAGAAGAGGCAUAAGGAAAAUGAGGUGCAGGUGUGGGCUUCUCCAGGUGGCAGUGAUGAGAUUGCUGGUCGAUUUCAUGAGCUUGUUCCUGAAAUGGCACUUGAUUUUCCUUUCGAGUUGGAUAAAUUUCAGAAGGAGGCUAUAUACUAUCUUGAAAAGGGCGAGUCUGUGUUUGUUGCAGCUCAUACAUCAGCUGGAAAGACGAUUGUUGCAGAAUAUGCUUUUGCAUUAGCAUCAAAGCAUUGUACUCGUGCUGUUUACACUGCUCCUAUAAAAACCAUCAGCAACCAGAAAUAUAGAGAUUUUUCCAGCAAAUUUGAUGUAGGCCUUCUAACAGGGGAUGUUAGUUUGAGACCGGAGGCAUCAUGCCUUAUCAUGACUACUGAGAUCUUGAGGUCAAUGCUUUAUAAAGGUGCUGACAUUAUUCGUGAUAUCGAAUGGGUUAUAUUUGAUGAAGUGCAUUAUGUGAAUGAUGCUGAAAGAGGUGUAGUGUGGGAGGAGGUGAUCAUCAUGCUACCAAGACAUGUUAACAUUGUUCUGCUUUCAGCCACUGUCCCAAACACAACUGAAUUUGCUGACUGGAUUGGUCGCACAAAGCAAAAAAAAAUUCGUGUUCUCGGGACUUCAAAAAGACCUGUUCCCCUCGAGCACUGCUUAUUCUAUUCUGGAGAAUUAUAUAGAGUAGGUGACAAUGAGGUUUUUCUACCCCAAGGAUUGAGAGCAGCUAAGGAAGUGCAUAAGAAAAAGAAUUCUGGUAUGUUGGCAAGCAAUUCUGGGGCUCUAUUGGGAGGUGGUCAUGGUGCAAAUCAGCCUCGACAACGAGAAAAUUUCAGUCGAGGAAAAGGACAGAUGCACUCAGGAUCUCAAUCUACUAGCAACUUUCCUGGUACUAGUGGAGCAAAUUCAAGUAAUUGGGGACAAAGGAAAUCAGAAUCUUCUUUGUGGUUCUUGCUGCUACACAAGCUAUUGAAAAAGUCUCUUUUGCCUGUGGUUAUCUUCUGCUUCUCUAAGAAUCGUUGUGACAAAUCAGCAGACAACUUGAAAAGUGCAGACCUUACUAGUAGUUCUGAGAAAAGUGAGAUACGCAUCUUCUGUGACAAGGCUUUUUCACGAUUGAAAGGUUCUGACAGAAACCUUCCUCAGAUUGUUCGAGUUCAAAGCCUACUAAGGAGGGGUAUUGGGGUGCACCAUGCUGGUCUUCUUCCAAUUGUCAAAGAAGUAGUUGAGAUGCUCUUCUGUCGUGGUGUCAUCAAGGUUAAGUCUACAUUUGACAGCUGUCUUGUAAUCUACUUUUAUUAUACUUGUGGACUUUUGAAUUUCAGUAUAAUUUUCAUGAUUAUCUUUAGUAUGGCGGUCUUUUCUGAGUAUAAUUUUGCCUUAGUUUUGAAGUUCUCAUUGAGCUAUCUUAUAGCCUAGUUCUGUCAUGUUUGC